GGUGAGCUGAGGAUCAGUGUCCUGCCUGCAUACCUGUCCUACGACGCGCCCUGGCCCGUGCGGAAGAUCCCCCUGCGCUGCACCGCCCACUACGUCGCCUACCACGUGGAGUCCAAGGUGUACGCGGUGGCCACCAGCUCCCCCCACCCCUGCACGCGGAUCCCGCGCAUGACGGGCGAGGAGAAGGAGUUCGAGAGCAUCGAGAGAGACGAGCGCUACGUGCCCCCCCAGCAGGAGGCCUUCAGCAUCCAGCUCAUCUCGCCCGUCAGCUGGGAGGCCAUCCCCAACACCAGGAUCGCCCUGGAGGAGUGGGAGCACGUCACCUGCAUGAAGACGGUGUCGAUGCGCUCCGAGGAGACGGUGUCGGGCCUCAAGGGCUACGUGGCCGUGGGCACCUGCCUGAUGCAGGGCGAGGAGGUCACCUGCCGGGGCCGGAUCCUGAUCCUGGACGUGAUCGAGGUGGUGCCGGAGCCGGGGCAGCCGCUGACCAAGAACAAGUUCAAGGUGCUCUACGAGAAGGAGCAGAAGGGACCCGUGACGGCGCUGUGCCACUGCCACGGCUACCUGGUGUCUGCCAUCGGCCAAAAGGUACACCUGGGCACACCUGGGCACACACCUGUGCCACUGCCACGGCUACCUGGUGUCUGCCAUCGGGCAAAAGGUACACCUGGGCACACCUGGGCACACACCUGUGCCACUGCCACGGCUACCUGGUGUCUGCCAUCGGGCAAAAGGUACACCUGGCACACCUGGGACGCCAAGCCGCUGGAGGUCUACAGCGUGGACUUCAUGGUGGACGGCAGCCAGCUGGGAUUCCUGG